CACACCGGCACGCACUGACGGAACUGAUUGUGUAUCACUACCAUGUGAAAAUGAAGCAUCAAAACGUGGAUGCAACGAUGGGCGACAUCAGGACCAGAUUUUGGAUAACAAAGCUGCGUCGAGUGUUGCCUACAUAGAGCGCAGCCAGCGCCACCUAUAAUGGGUCCUUUGCCAGAGGACAGACUGGAGGCCAAUGGAUGGCCAUUUAAGUUUACGGGUCUGGACUACUUUGGACCACUUCUAGUGACCAUCGGACGUCGAAAGGAAAAGAGAUGGGUUGCCUUGUUUACGUGUCUGACAACAAGGGCCAUACAUUUGGAGUUGGCACAUGACCUGUCAACUGAUUCCUGCAUAAUCGUGAUCAGGAACUUUCUUUGCCGUCGCGGGCCUGUACUGAGGUUGCGCAGUGACAACGGAAAGAAUUUUGUUGGGGCCAAUAGAGAAGCCAAAAGGCUCAUAGAUGUAUUCGAGCCGGAGAAGAUUCAGGGUGAGCUAUCUUCUAGAGGCAUUGAAUGGAUUUUUAACUGCCCAGCGAACCCAGCUGAAGGAGGAGCCUGGGAAAGGAUGGUGCAGUGUGUCAAGAGAGUGCUUCGCCACACAGUAAAGGAGGUGGCACCGAAGCAACACGUGUUGGAGAGUUUCCUGAUUGAGGCCGAGAAUGUUGUGAAUUCGCGCCCGCUUACUCACUUGCCAGUAUCUGUGGAUCAGGAAGCCCCCCUAACACCGAACGAUCUACUCAAGGGAGUAGCCAAUCUGCCUGACACACCCACUAUUCAUGAGCAGCCGGACGAGAGAUGCGCCACAAGGAAGCAGUGGCGCAUAGCGCGGCUAUUACGAGAUCGUUUUUGGAAGCGGUGGGUCUUGGAGUACCUGCCUACACUUGUGCGACGCGUGAAAUGGUGUGCGCGCGUUGAGCCGAUACGCCAUGGUGAUGUGGUGUUUAUAUGCGACCCAGCCGUGCCACGCAGGGAGUGGCGAAGGGGCAUAGUGGAGGAGCUCUACCCUGGACCAGAUGGAGUACCUCGACGCGCCAGCGUACGCGUGGCGGACGGCAAUCGAGUGCGACUGAUGACUCGUCCCGUGGCUAAACUAGCCAUAUUGGAUGUGAGUGAAGCAGGGCCUUCACGGGGGCGGGGAUGUUGCGGGACGAAUUAAGUUAUCGAUUGUUUAGUAUUAAGUAUAUUCUGAAAGUAUGUAUUUUUGCCCUGUGAAUGUACGGGCACAUUGUAUUUGGCUUGUUGCCGCCAUCACUUAAAUGUUAAGCUCAUUAUUGUCGUGAGUUAGAAGGCCGUAGGAGGGAAGACUGCGGUAAGAUUCUGAGGGAAUAUAUAUUUAAGUUCUAACCUAUAUAAUCCGUUCAGAAUAAAACACUUGCACUAGCACGUUUUGCAUUACGCUGUCUCUAUUAACAUCGGAGUAACAUGGCCAGGGGCCAGGCGUAAACCUUGCAGUGUUCAAAUUGCAACUCCGCCUUCGUUUGGCACG